CGCGCGGCGUCGUGUCACGCGAUGACCCCGAUGGCGGCGCGCGGUGCGUUGCGGCGGACGAGGGCCGCGGCGUGCGCGUGCCUUCGAAACGCCGCGCGCGCGCCGACGCGGGAACGGCGCGCGGGCGCGGGCGUCGUCGUCGCCGACUUCGCGGACGACGACUCCCGUCGUCGUCGCGCGUCUCCGAAUCACCUUCGCGCGUGGCGCCGCGACGACGCCAUCGCCGGCUCGACCGCGCUCGCGAGGACGGCGUCGACGAGACGAUGCGCGCGAACGUUCGCGUCGACCGCCGCGAGCGCGGCGACGGACGCGCACGCGCCCGCGUCGACGGAGCGCGCGUCUCCGUCUCGGUCGCCGCCGAGAUCGUUAGCCACGGGAAACUUCACGCGCGACGGGUCGCUCCCGUCGUUCGACUACACCGCGCUCCUCGCGAGCGCGCUGGAAAUUUCCCGCGUCGCGACCCCUACCAAGGUCGAGAUCGCGGUCCAGGGCGACGCGUACUCCGUCGUCCUCGGGCUGAGAGGACUCGAAGGGAACGCCGCGCUCCAUCUGUCGUGGCACCCGAACGCAGCGAGCGUCCGCCUCGGCCCGCCGCCGCCCCGCGUGCACAAGUCCGAGCAGCUCGCGUUCGGCGAGCGAAUGAACGCCACCCUGCGCGGGCUGAUUCUGACGCGCGUGACGCUCCCGGAGCGUUGGGAGCGCGUCGCGACGUUCGAGUUCGCGGAGCGCCCGGGCGGCGACGCGGCGUAUCGAGUACACGCGGAGAUCAUGGCGAGGAACAGCAACGUCGUACUCGUGGACGCGCGGGACGACGAUAAGAUCGUCGCGUGCGCGUACCAGGUGGGCGCGGCGCAGACGUCCGUGCGGCCGAUUUCGCCGGGGUUUAAGUACGCGCCGCCGCCGGCGGCGCCGGGGGUGGACCCGGACGCGGGGCUGGCGGCGACGGAGUGGAGAGAGCUCGUCGCGGCGGCGAAGGCGGCCCCGGGCAUAUCGAAAGGGCUCGUGCGCGCGUUCAGGGGCGUCUCCCCCGCGCUCGCCGCCGCGCUCGCGUCGAGCGUCGGCGUCGACCCGAAGACGAACACGGCCGACGUCGCGGACGACGACUGGAUCGAGUUGCACCGCGCGUGGUUGGGGUGGAUCGAGUCCGCGACGAGCGCGGCCAUCUCCGACGUUCCGACCGCGGGGGAUGGCUCCGGGCCCGUCGGCGCUUUGUUUUCCGCGGUGUACGGCGACGCCGGGGACGCGGACGUCUUCAGAAGGGAACGCGAUCGGUUGUUACAGGGCGUGAGGGCCGCGCUGAAGAAGACGACGCAAAAGGCGAAAAACUUUCGAGAACAAAUCGAACUCGCGGAGAAGCACGAGAGCGUGAAAAUUCAAGCGGACGAGCUCAUGGCGUACCAGCACGGGUGGACGCAAGGCCAAGACACGAUGGAGGUGUACGAUUUCGAGUCGGGCGAGGCGCGGCGCGUGGCUGUGGACCCGCAGAAAGGACCGCUGGACGCGGCGGAGAAGUUGUACAAAAAAGCGCGGAAACAACGACGCACGGCGACGCAGGUGGAACCCCUCCUCGAAGCCGCAUCGAACGAGAUGGCGUACCUGGAGAACGUCGAGUUCGCGCUCACGGAGCUCACGAGCGAGGACGCGCUCGCGCUCGAGGAGAUAAACCUUGAGCUCGUCGACGCGAAGCUCAUGGCGCCCGGCGGCGGCGGGACCGCGCCGAAGAAGCGAAAUCGUCGCAAGGAGGAGACGAUGGCGAACGUGCGGACGUACGUCGCCCCCGGCGGGAGCGACAUCCUCGUCGGGAGAAACAGCAAAGGCAACGAGGCGGUGUCGCUGAAGCUGGGCUCGGACCACGACGUGUGGUUCCACGUCCGCGGCGCCCCCGGCGCGCACGUCGUGCUGCGUCUCGAUCCCGGGCAGACCGCGACGGACGUGGACAUGCAGGCUGCCGCGGACUUGGCCGCGUUUCACAGCAAAGUGCGGACGGGCGGGAAGGUUGACGUGUCGUACACGUCCCCGAAGUUUGUCCGGAAGCCGAGCGGCGCACGGUUGGGGAUGGUAACGAUCGACAAGGAGAAGGUGAUGACGGGGCGGCCGGACGACAGCGUCGCCGCGGAGGAGGAGAGGAGGGAGGCAGCCGCGGGCGGCGGGAAGAAGGGGAGAGAGGAGUGGUGAGGGCGAGCGGAUAGACGCGGUCCGCGGCUCCGUAUCGAAGCGCGAAACAACCCUAAACCCUCAAAAUAUGAUAAUGUCAGCUGCAGCAGUGCCGC